UCUCACCCCAAAAGACGACCUCUGUGACAGGCCUUCAAGAGUAGGGGGCGGCUAAAACGCCCUCCCGUCGCCCCUCGUUCCCUCCGCACCUUCUCUCCGUCGUUUGAAAAUACCAAGAGUUGUGCGCCGGUGUACUGAUGUCAUUAUAUGCAAACUGGACCCAGAAGCUCCACAAACUUCAAAGAGAGGACACGUUAAACAUUUAGAACUAUCGCCACCUCGUCGGUUUUCACUUUGUUUCCAGUUUUUGUCUUGGGUUUUACUCUUCCUUUCGACUUUUAAUACAAGUACCAGGUUUAUUGUCUUUAUUCCAAUUGAGUUUUUUUCACGUGGUGUCCAGUUGGGAUAGCGCGCGGGGGAGCGGGACACAACUGUCACCGACUGUAAUCUGUGUCUCGCGCUGUCAAAGACAUGCGGUCUGGGUUUCAGCAACUCGGAGGGGAGACGGUGACUGGAACCCUUGCUCUCUCAGUGUUCACCGCUGUAUUGGGUUCCUUUCAGUUUGGGUACAACAUAGGUGUCAUCAACGCUCCUCAGAAGAUCAUUGAAGCGGACUACAACGCUACAUGGGUGCAUCGGUAUGGAGAGCCCAUCCCCAGCAGUACCCUCACAACCCUCUGGUCCCUGUCCGUAGCCAUCUUCUCUAUAGGCGGUAUGAUCUCCUCCUUCUGUGUGGGCGUCAUCUCAGAGUGGCUGGGGAGGAGGAAAGCCAUGCUCAUUAACAACUUGUUUGCCUUCAUCGGAGGAGGUUUGAUGGGCAUGGCCAAGAUCAGCAGGUCCUUCGAGAUGAUGAUUCUGGGACGAUUCGUCAUCGGUGCAUACUGUGGAUUGGCAUCGGGGCUGGUGCCCAUGUAUGUGGGUGAGAUAGCCCCUACAAGUCUGCGAGGGGCAUUGGGCACGCUCCACCAGCUGGCUAUCGUCACAGGGAUUCUCAUGGCACAGGUCCUGGGUCUGGAGUCUUUGCUGGGCAGUGAGGAGUUGUGGCCAGUGCUGGUGGGUGUGACCGUUCUGCCCACUGUCCUGCAGAUGGUGCUGCUGCCCUUUUGCCCCGAGAGCCCACGCUUCCUCUACAUCAUCCGUUCCCAGGAGCACCACGCCAAGAGCGGCUUGAGGAGGCUGACGGGGAGACAGGAAGUGGGGGAUAUGCUGGCAGAGAUGAAGGAGGAGAAGAGGAGGAUGGACAUGGAGAGGAAGGUGUCCAUCGCAGAGCUCUUCCGCUCCCCCAUGUACCGGCAGCCCAUCAUCAUCGCCAUCCUACUGCAACUCUCACAACAGCUGUCCGGGGUGAACGCUAUCUUCUACUACUCCACCAGUAUCUUCCAGAAGGCAGGGGUCCAGAGUCCUGUCUACGCCACUAUAGGAGCCGGCGUGGUCAACUGUGCCUUCACCGUGGUCUCGCUCUUCCUGGUUGAGAGGACUGGUCGCCGGACACUACACAUGCUGGGCCUGUCUGGAAUGUGCGGCUGCGCCAUUGUCAUGACAAUGGCUCUCGCCCUAUUGGACAGUGUUCCCUGGAUGAGCUACAUCAGCAUGCUGGCCAUCUUUGGCUUCGUGGCCUUCUUCGAGGUGGGCCCCGGGCCCAUCCCCUGGUUCUUUGUGGCUGAGCUCUUCUCCCAAGGCCCCAGGCCCGCUGCUAUGGCCGUGGCCGGAUUCGCCAAUUGGACAGCCAACUUCAUUAUCGGCUUUGGCUUCCAAUAUGUUGCUGAGCUUUGUGGGCCAUAUGUCUUCCUCAUCUUCGCUGCGCUCCUGCUAUUCUUCCUCAUCUUCACCUUCUUCCGGGUGCCGGAAACACGGGGGAAGACGUUCGACCAGAUCUCCUACACCUUCAGCAAACACUCACCCGCCAUGAUAGAUAUGGACAUGGACAUGGAGCUGGGAAAACGUAGCACAGAGCUGGAUUACCUGGGGGAGGAGGGGAGCCUCAACUGAAGGGAUCCCAUAGGGCAAUUGGGGAAGGUGGGCAGAGGAGGCCAGACAGACUGUGGGCAAGGGAAGGGGGUAGAGGAAGAGAAAUGGUACUGGGGGUGGGCUUGGGCCUCAUUCCAAACAUCCUUUCACCAUUUAUCGAGUUGCGUCUAGAUAUAUCAAGUAGGGAAGGGGGCGUUGGCAUGUGGGUCGAGGGAUAGGGAGGUGGAAUCUGUUUGGGAUGGGGGCCAUAGUUGAUGCAAUAGCUGCCACUGGGAAAUUACGCUAGAGUGAAAAAUAUUGGCAGAGUCAGGGGUUGCAGGAAUUGACUCAAGGAAAAGGUUACACAACAUUACUAAGCAUUGCACCAACUGAAUAGACGCCAGAAAGGGUGAAGGGUCAGUGGGGUGGGAGAUUUAUUACCAGAGCAACCCAUAAUGGGUGAUCAGGAACUAGAAUGUUUCUGAACCUUGAGGCAUUUACCCCACCCCCAGUGUACAUGUACAGAUGGGGGUGAUUUUAUUCUGAGAGACUGCACAGAUGUUCAAGGGAAAGAGACUGAGAAACUGGUAUUUCUGCACUUUAUCUACAAAUAGAUGUUCAGAGAUGGUGAGAAUAUGGGUGAAAGACAAAAAAACAUGUACCUUUUUAACAAAGCUAUGGCGUGUGG